CCCCUCGACGAAUCCAGGAAGUGCAAACUUGUAGCUGGCUGGUGCGGGAGGGGGAGACUGUCGGAACUCAAACAAGCUGCAAGUUUUAUCCAAAUUACUUAUUGGAGCUCAGAAGACUUGUAACAGCUGUCAAAGUGUAGCGUUUUCGCAGAAAUGCUGUAAUGGACUCCGUUGACGCAGUGUUCCUGCCCGAUCGGGGCAGAGGUCCAGCGAGCAACCCUUUGCUGGACCAGCUUCCCAGCUACCAGUCCCUGCUCUACCGCCGGAAGCCCUCCAAUGCGGCGGGCAGCACCAAGAGGAGGAACAGCAGCUUGCGCGAGCGGUUUGGGUCCCUGACCAACCGAUGGACGGUCAGCCGAGCGGAGAGCAAGCAGAAGGCCGGUCUGCAAAGGCCGGUCCGAGAGCAGCCGAAGAGCAUGGAGGACAAACGACUGGACCGAGACCUGCGUCGCGAGCAGGACCGGCGUCUGCACGGCUGGAGCCAAUGGCGGCGGAGCAUGCGGCGCUCGCUGCGGCGCCUACGAGACGACAGCAUGGACUGGCUCCGCAGCCUGGAGCUGUGGCGCGGAGACAUCCACAUGAUCGAAGGCAUGUUUGGUACAGGCAUCCUGUCGUACUUCUCCUUCCUGCGCUUCUUGGUGCUGCUCAACUUCGUCAUGUUCCUACUCAUGUUCGGCUUCGUCAUCUUGCCCAUCGUUGUGGCGCCCAGGGCCUCAGGGAACGUUUCAUUUCAUGACAGUAUCGGGAGUGAGUGCAGCAAGUACGAAGGCAAAUCCCGGCUGGGCUUGGUAGUUUUCCACCAGUACAUCACAGACUUGCUCUCCGGGACGGGCUUCCUGGAACGGACCUACCUCUUCUAUGGCCACUACCAAGUGGGCGGUAUCCAUUUCCCCACGCACUCGUACAACCUGCCCCUGGCCUACCUGCUGGUCACCGUGGCCUACCUCCUGCUCAGCCUCGUCUGGAUCGUGAAAAGAUCUGCGGCAGGCUUCAAGCAGAAUCUCAUCCAGGAUGAGGAUCGCUUCCAAAGCUUCUGCAACAAGAUCUUUGCCGGCUGGGAUUUCUGCAUCACCAAUGAGAAUGCUGCCAGACUGAAGAGGAGCAGUUUGCUGUACGAACUCAAGACUGACCUGGAGGAGGAGCGCAUCAAGCAGAAGAUCGCUGACCGCACGCGCAAGGACAAGUGCCGCAUCUAUGCACUGCGUGUGGUGCUGAACAUCUUUGUGAUCGCCGUGCUGGCCGGCUGCUUCUACUGCAUCUACAAAGCCACCAUGUUCUCCCAGGAGGCCCAGAAAAACAGUCAAAAGGAGGUGAACUUCAUGGUGGACCUGAUCUACGAGUACCUGCCCUCCAUCGUCAUCACCAUGGCCAACUUCAUGACGCCGCUGGUUUUCAGCCUCAUCAUCCAGUUUGAGGACUACUCCCCUGCCUUCGAGAUCCGCUUCACCCUCAUGAGGUGUGUGUUCAUGCGGCUGGCCAGUAUCGGGGUGCUGCUCUUCUCCCUCUGGGUUCAGAUCACUAGCUGUAAUAUAGGCAAAGAACAUGUGUGUGUCUCUUGCGGCUACAACUACGAAGGCUACCCCUGUUGGGAGACACAUGUUGGACAGGAAAUGUACAAGCUCAUGAUCUUUGACUUCCUCAUCAUCGGAGCAGCCACUGUGUUCGUGGAAUUCCCUAGAAAGAUCAUCUCUAAGUACUGUCACUGUGGCCUGGCCAAGUGGUGGGGCCAGCAGGAGUUUGCCAUCCCCCAGAACGUGCUGGAGAUCGUCUACGGACAGACCAUCUGCUGGAUCGGCACCUUCUACUGCCCCCUGCUGCCCGCCAUCAGCACCCUCAAGUACUUCAUCGUCUUCUACAUCAAGAAGGUGAGCCUGAUCAACAACUGCCGCCCCUCCACGCGUCCGUUCCGAGCCUCCAGCUCCAACUUCUUCUUCCUGGUGGUGCUGCUGAUUGGCCUGGCCCUGGCCUGCGUCCCCGUGUUGGUCAGCAUCGCGCAGAUCAGAAGUUCCCAGGCCUGCGGCCCGUUUAUCAACCACACCACAUCCUGGGAAGUGGUGCCGAAGACGGUGGAGAAACUUCCCAUGGGCCUGAAGACAUUCCUUUACGCACUGGCCUCCGAGCCCUUCGCCGUCUCCCUCUUUGUCGUCACAUGCCUGGCCAUGUUCUAUGUCAUUGCCUUAGCUGGAGCUCAUAAGAAGGUCAUCAACCAGCUCAGGGAACAGCUUGCCAUGGAGGGCCGGGACAAGCGGUUCCUGAUCCAGAAGCUGUGCCAGGCCCAGAAGAGGACGUCAGCAGCCCGCUCCUCUGCCGGCCGCUCCUCAUCCUCGCACUCCUCAAUCUCGCCCAGGAGCCACGAGCGCAGCCCUCACCACAGCACGCCCAGCCGAGAGGACUCCGCCGUGUUCCUGGUCCGACCGGCGCCCGACUCGGCAACCCAGACAAGUUGCCCCCCAGUCAGGAGCCAGGCGGAAGCGCACUGCUGCAGCGACAGCUCUGCCUUGGGAAUGGCCUGGACUGACCGCACCUCACAGGUCCCUGCAAUGGCGAAGUGUUUGAUUUUGAUGUUCAUAAUCUGUUCCCAUUAUGUGGCGUUAACGAUUUCAGCAGAUGACAUCGUUGUGGCAUGUGGGGGCUUUGUGAAGUCUGACGUAGAAAUAAAUUAUUCUCUCAUUGAGAUUAAGUUGUACACCAAACAAGGAUCUCUAAAGUACCAAACAGAUUGUGCUCCCAUCAAUGGCUACUUCAUGAUACCCCUCUAUGACAAGGGGGACUAUGUGUUGAAGAUUGAGCCUCCGUCAGGUUGGAGCUUUGAGCCUACCAGUGUGGACCUUCAUGUGGACGGAGUGACGGACAUCUGCACCAAAGAGCAGGACAUCAACUUCAUCUUCACCGGCUUCUCCGUUUCGGGAAAGGUCCUGAGUAAAGGCCAGCUGCUGGGUCCAGCCGGGGUAGAGGUGAGUCUGCAGAAGGAGGGAGCUGAGGCUAGUCUGCAGACCGUGCUCACGCAGCCGGGAGGAAAAUACACAUUCCUCAAAGUGCUACCUGGAAACUAUGAGAUCACUGCAUCCCAUGAGUCUUGGACUUUGGAACAGAAGACCACCUCUGUGCGGGUCUCCAACGCCAACGCCCCCGCGGCCGAGUCCCUGGUGGUGGCCGGCUACGACGUGUCGGGGGAGGUGCGCAGCGACGGCGAGCCCAUGAAGGGGGUCUCCUUCCUGCUCUUCUCCGCCACCGUGAAGAAAGAGGACGUGAGCGGCUGCAGCGUGGCCCCGGUGAACGGCGUGAUGCUGGACGACGACGCGCUGGCCUUCCUGUGCAGCGCCCAGUCGGGGGAGGACGGAGCCUUCAGCUUCCCCUCGCUGGGCAGCGGCGCCUACACCCUGGUGCCCUACUACAGGGGCGAGAGGAUCACGUUCGACGUGGCCCCGUCCAGGAUGGACUUCAGGGUCGAGCACAACAGUCUGAAGCUGGAGCCGAUCUUCCGGGUGAUGGGCUUCUCUGUGACGGGCCGCGUGCUCAACAGCCAGGAGGGCGAGGGCGUGCCCGACGCCACCGUCACCCUUAACAACCAGAUCAAAGUGCUGACCAAAGACGACGGCUCGUUCAGGCUGGAGAACAUGACGACGGGGACCUACACCAUCCGCACGCAGAAGGAGCUCAUGUUCUUCGAGCCCAUCACGGUGAAGAUCGCCCCCAACACUCCCCAGCUCCCCGACAUCAUCACCGCAGGUUUUAGCGUGUGUGGGCGCAUCGCUGUCUCUCGCCUCCCCGAGGGCAUGAAGCAGCAAGGUCGCUACAAGGUCACCCUCACCCCCAGCGGUCAGGACAAGGCUGCCGCCCGCACUACCGAGAGUGACCACAUGGGGGCGUUCUGCUUCCAGGCCAGACCAGGAGACUACAGCAUACAGGUGACUCUGCCCGAUGCGGAGGUGAGGGCUGGACUGGCCCUGCUGCCCGCGGCGCUGGACGUCUCCCUGGUGGACCGGCCGCUCAGCGACCUGCUCUUCACCCAGUUCAUGGCCACCGUGUCCGGCAAAGUGUCCUGCCUAGUGGCGUGCGAUGACCUGACGGUGACCCUGCAGCCAAUCAGCAGGCAGGGCGAGAAGCGCCUCGUCCAGCUGUCCGGCAGCAGCGAAACGCUCACCUUCACCUUCGACGACGUCCUCCCCGGGAAAUACAAAGCGAGCGUGUCCCAGGAGGAGUGGUGCUGGAAGAACAAGUCGCUGGAGGUGGAGGUGCAGGACGGCGACGUCAUGGGCGUGGAGUUCAAGCAGAACGGCUACAUCCUGCGCUGCUCCCUCUCCCACGCCAUCACGCUGGAGUUUUUCCAAGAUGUCACCGACAAGCCUGAGAAUGUUGGAGUUUACAAUCUCUCCAAGGGCAUCAAUCGCUUUUGCCUUUCCAAACCAGGUGUCUAUAAAGUGACCCCUCGUUCCUGUCAUCAGUUCGAGCAGGACCAUUACACCUAUGACACGUCUGCUCCCAGCAUUCUGACCCUCACGGCCGUCCGCCAUCACAUGACCGGCCUCAUCACCACGGACAAAAUGCUGGACGUCACGGUCACCCUCAAGUCGUCCAUCGAGAGCGAGCCGGCGCUGGUGCUGGGCCCCCUGCGCUCCCAGGAGGAGCAGCGUCAGGAGCAGCAGCUGCAGGAGAUCGCUCUGAGGCGGCAGGAGCGCGAGCGCCGUGGCGAGACCGAGAGCCCCGCCAUGCAGGAGAAGGCCGACGAGCUCGCCGGGCCCUUCCACUACGAGUUCGCCUACUGGGCCAGGGCUGGAGAGAAGAUCACAGUGACCCCCUCGUCCAAGGAGCUCCUCUUCUACCCACCGGAAGUGGAGGCCACCAUCACUGGAGAGUCGUGUCCGGGCGGGACGGUGAACAUCGUGGGCCGGGCCGGUCUCUUCUUGGACGGCCGCGUGUCCCCCGAGCUGAAGGGGGUGGAGAUCUCCAUCAGCCAGAAGGGAGUCGCCGAGCCGGUCGUCACGGUGCUCACCGAUGACAACGGGGCCUACAGUGUGGGCCCGCUGCACAGUGACCAGGAGUAUGACAUCAGCGCCAGUAAGGAGGGCUUCGUGCUGACCCCAGUGGAGGGCACGUCAGGAGACUUCAAGGCCUUCGCCCUGGCAGGGGUCACCUUUGAGAUCAAGUCGGAGGAAGGCCUGCCCCUGUCUGGAGUGCUGCUCUCGCUCAGCGGGGGAAACUUCCGCUCCAACCUCCUCACUCAGGACACCGGCCUCCUCACCUUCAACAACCUGAGCCCAGGUCAGUACUACUUCAAGCCCAUGAUGAAGGAGUUCCGCUUUGAGCCCGCCUCCCAGAUGAUCACCAUCGAGGAGGGAGAGAACCUCCAGAUCACCAUCACCGGCUUCAAGACCGCCUACAGCUGCUACGGCUCGGUGCAGUCGCUGAGCGGCGACGCGGAGCCGGGCGUGGCCGUGGAGGCCGUGGGCCAGGCCGAGUGCAGCCUCUACAGCGAGGACACGGUCACCGACGAUGACGGACGCUUCAGACUGCGCGGCCUGCUGCCUGGGUGCAGGUACCUGAUCCAGCUCCGGGCCGAGGGCAACGAGCACAUCGAGCGGGCCCUUCCCCAGCACCGCUCCAUCGAGGUUGCCAGCAACGACGUCGAGGGCGUCCACAUCAUUGCGUUCCGACAGAUCAACCAGUUUGAUCUCAGCGGUAAUAUCAUCACCCCCCCUGAACACCUGGCCUCUCUCUGGGUGAAGCUGUACAAGAAUGACAAUCUGGACAACCCCGUCCAGAGCGUGUCGCUUGGCCAGUCCUUCUUCUUCCACUUCACUCCGCUGAAGAGGGACGGAGAGAGCUACGUGCUGAUGCUGGACACCAGCCUGUCCCGCUCCCAGUUCGACUACACCCUCCCCCAGGUGUCCUUCACCUCCACCGGAUACCACAAGCACGUCACCCUCAACUUCAAGCCCUCGAGGAAAGUCCCUGACCAGGAUGUGGCUCAGGGAUCCUACAUCGCCCUUCCUCUGACGUUAUUAAUCCUGCUAGCAGCAUACAACCACGAGAAGGUGAUCCCUCUGCUGCUGCUGCUGGCCAACCGUGUGCAGGGCGUGCGCUCCCUGAGCCAGGCCGGCGGGGACAGUCUGGCCAUCGACGAGGCCAAGCGCCAAGCCAAGAGGGUCAAGGCGCGCCGCACGUAGAUAUCCCAGCCCCUCCAAUCCCCCACCGCCAUCACCUCCACCACCACUACCGCCAUCACCUCCACUACCGCCACCCGCAACUGCCCAGAGACCCAGAGCCCAGCCCAGCCCAGCCCUCCCCACACUAACUUCACCAGACCACUGACCACACGGUCCCCUCUUUCAGAAGGCCGUCCUCCAGGCGGCCUAUAAAACCCCUCUAUACUGACCACCCACAUGAAAGAGCCAAAGACGGUGAAGACUGGUUGUAUGCGUGUGUGUGUGUGUUAGUGUGCGUGUGAAUACGGCUGCUUUCGAGGUCAAGUGUUUUUUCGAAGAUGUUUUCGAAGAUGAUUUUUUGAUGAUUUCAAACAAACUUCAAACAAGACACCAAGUAUAUGAAUUGAAAUAUAGACACUCCGAACAGUAAUUACCAUCAGCAAGGACUGUCUCAGCAAGUCCCCUCUCUGGUCUCCGGUGAACAUUCUUCACUCUCCAUAACGUGGUCUUCAUACAUCCAACGGUUCUCUCACAGAUGGCCUGUUGUGAUCUGCAUCUUGUGGUUUUGCCAAUCUGGCUCGCCGCUCGUACCGUUUAUUUUUUUAAGUCUAGUGGAAGUCGACCUGGGGGGGGUGUGACUGUUAUGUCUUUUAUAUAUAUAUAUAUGGUUCCUGAUAUUGUGGCAGAUGGUAUAAUGUGAACGUGUGAGUGUGUGUGUACGUGUGUGUGCAUGUCCGAGUUUCCGUGCAUGGCCGUGCAAGUGUUGCUCAGGAAGAAUUUUGUGAUCAAAGCUAAGAUCACAAACAUAGGUCCACUUGAACACCCUAGACAUACAGUAGCUGUGGUCAACCAGUGUAGUGAUAGAUCGAUCAAUUGAGUAAUUUAUUAAUUUAUUAAUCCCUCUUUUUAGGACGUAAACUAUAAGCACUGAUGAAAUGAAUCAAUUUUUUGGUCUUAUUAAUGGUUACCAUGAAACAAUAUCACUAACUUUAAAAUGGUCUACAUUAAUGCAAAUUCACUGGAAACACACAAUAAUUUAUGUGAAUUGGUUGUCUUCAUUUUUUUUCUUUUUUUUUUUAUAAAACUAAUGAAGCUAAAGCUGCUUCCACGGGCAGUUUAACUCCUAUCGAUUUGGUUGUAUAUAUCUUCCAAAGCUUUAAAGCAGCCAGGCUGAGCAGUGUGUUUAGCAGUGAACGAGUUUUUGAUAAAGAUGAAUAAAAGAUGUUUGGGAGAACUGAAA